AUGUCCACUCCCACUUACCAACCAUUCCUAUUGAAUAACAUGCUCGAUUCCAACAAACAGACCAUCGAAACACAAACACCUCUCGAAGAAUGUCCUGUCCAAGUGCAAGAGGAACCUCUUCCUUCUUCCUCCCAAAGAAACCAUCACAAUGAGAGUGAUGACGACUGUUGGGAGGACGAACUUGAAAAUACCACUGCAACAAAUAGCGUCAUGAGGAAGAUUCCAGUGACCUUGUUGAGUGGUUUUCUAGGAGCAGGCAAGACCACUCUUUUGAAACACAUUCUCAUGAAUCGAGAGAAUCUUAAAGUAGCAGUGAUUGUCAACGAUAUGGCUGAAUUGAAUAUCGAUCAUGCACUCGUCGAAAAGUCUGAUGUGAAACUCAAACAGUUUGAAGAGAAAUUAAUCUCCAUGCAAAAUGGAUGCAUUUGUUGUACGUUGAGAGAAGAUCUUCUCAUGGAAUUGUACGAAUUGGCACAUGAAGGUCGUUUUGAUUAUUGUGUCAUUGAAUCCACUGGAAUUAGUGAACCCAUACAAGUCUCUCAAAUUCGAGCAUUGAUUCAAAAAUUGAAUCCUGAAGCACGAAUUCAUGAAACUUGUCAUUCAAGAGUUCCGCUCUCUCAAGUCAUUCACACCAAUUUGUUCAACUUUGAACAAGCAGCUUGUCAAUCUGGUUGGUUGAAAGAAUUACGUGGUGAUGGUGACUCUCAUCAACCAGAAACUCUCGAAUAUGGAAUUUCCAGUUUUGUUUAUCGUCGAAGAAGACCCUUUCAUACUGAGAAGUUGUUUCACUUGUUGUAUCGUGAAAAGUAUUUCCAAAAAGUGGCUCUCCGUUCCAAAGGAUAUGCAUGGCUCUGUACACGAAAUGAUUACUGUGGAGAUUGGGAACAAGCAGGUCAACAAAUGAACAUUCAUGAUGGAGGAAAAUUCUUUGUCGCUUUGGGAGAAGAGUUUUGCUUGGAAUUGUAUGGAAAAGAAAUUGUUGAGAAGGCCAUCAAGAAUGACUUCUUUCAAAAUAAGGUCGAUUCGAAUGAGAAUUCAUUCAUGAAUGCCAUUGGUGAUCGAAGACAAGAAAUUGUCAUAAUUGGACAACAUUUGAAUGUUGAGGAGAUUUGUCACAAGUUGGAUCAAGUCCUUAUUACAGAGGAGGAGUUUCAAAAGGGACCUCAAUUCUAUUCGACCAUGUGUAAGGAUGAGUUUGAACCCUUUACUAGUUUUUUAGAUUUGGAUUCCAAUAUGGAAUGGGAGACGGACGAAGAGGAGGACCAACAGCAUUUGGAAGAGGACAAAACAAUGCCAUAG